AGGUGCAGCGGUGUUUAUUCGAGCUUCGCGUCUGCGUAACAGUACUUAGAAAAUUAGCUGAGUGUGUGUGAGUGAUAUAUUUACUGGUGGUGUUUUAUAACUUUAAACAGCAGACAAUGAAUCUGUCCAUGGAUCGACAGAGGGCGGCUAACCGUAGCCCGGUUAGUCCCAGAUCGGAUCUUAACAAUCACAUGUUCAUAGACUCCGAUGAUGACGACAGUGAUCGUGAGGAUUUCAGACGAAGGUUGACUUCGAGUCCCAGGGAAGAAGGAUCGGGGAGUGAGGGAGAACAUUGUGUACCCUCCCCACACAGUCCACGAAGAGAGGAAACUCCCCCGCCGAAAUUACAACCAACGUCAUUCAAGGUAGCGGAUAUUUUAGAUCCGGCGAAAUUCACCGGUACGGGAAAACCACGUGUAUGGCACCCGUGGGCAGACGACAAUUCCUCAGAUCCGUCACAAGCAGACGACACAACACAUAGUUUAGGUUCUCCGGGUCCAGAUGAUCUCUCGAUAUCGAUUAACGACAGCGGAAAUGAACUAGACGAUAAAGAUCUGGAUGAUAGCGACAGUAGACUUCAUGAUUAUGACGGAAAGGACGAUGAAAAGGGUGAUAGGUGCCAUGAUUCUGGAAAGGCUGGAAAACCAAGACGAGCCCGAACAGCAUUUACCUACGAACAAUUAGUCUCACUUGAGAAUAAAUUUAAAACCACGAGGUACCUCUCGGUUUGUGAACGUUUAAAUCUCGCAUUAUCGCUCAAUCUCACGGAGACGCAGAUUAAAAUCUGGUUUCAAAACCGCAGAACAAAAUGGAAGAAACAGAAUCCGGGAUUAGACGUCAACAGUCCCACAAUUCCACCUAGCGCCGGGGGUCUGGCGUUCGCUUCACCUUAUUCGGCUAGUAUGUUAUACGGACAGGGACUACACCCGUAUCUACCGGGGCAUAAUUUAUUAGGACCUUUGGGUUUAUUAAGGGCCCACGCUCAGUAUCCAUCUAACUCUCAUCCAAUCUACUACCCUUAUUUCGGUCAAACAACGUGAAGAAAGGGCCGAGGAGGUCGCCGUGAGUGGUGCACAUAUCUCGUCAGUUAGUUUAAACUACAAUGAAACUUAAAACCGAACACCACAGCUAUUGUGUUCAACAAGGGACCUGUACAAACUAAGAAACGUGUCCACAAUGAAGGAGCUGUGUGAUGGAGAGUAAUAUAUUGGACACUCAAGCUUUGACUGCCCCGCCAAAUGUCUCGUGACAAUACGAACAACUGUAACAAGUUAGACCGCCAUAUUGAAUAUAAUGGACGGGCUCUUGUUCAAAAGUGCUGACUGAUUACAACGUCACAACAAUCGAGUGAGUAGUAGUUUAAUGUGUCCGAUAUUGCGGUUAUUUUUAUAUUCAAGUUAAAAAAAAACCCAUUAAUAUAACCAAAGCCAAAGAAAUAGAACUAUUUGCCAAACGAAGAGACUUACAAAUAGAAAGCGAAAGCUGUGAAGUGUUUAUGACGUCAUAAAUGACGAAUAUGGUCACAUGACUUUUUUUCAUAUCGUGUAUAUAUAUCAGCUUGUGUGCAUAUAUACAUAUAUAUUUAUAUGAAGUUAUAGAAUGUUGUUUUAAUUCACAAUUAGUGUUAGUUAACGAAUAGUGCUAUUUAUAGAUAAGCAACGUAAUUUAAAUAUAGAUCGAUAUUUCGUUUCGUUAUUUUAUACGAAAUUUUGAACUUUAAAUAACGAAACGAAAUGGAGGCUGUGUUUUAAUCAGAUUGAUAGAUAAGAGGAUAUAUUAUCCUCUAAAUAAACUGAUUCACAAAUGUUCACCCAUUUUUGAAUAACCCAUUAAAAUUAGACCGAUUCUUCUUGAAUAACCCAUGAAAAGUUAAGAGAGAGAGAGAGAGAAAUGGGGUUUAACGUCCACUCGACACAAACUAGGUCAUUUCGGGACUAACAUAUGGUUUAAUUUAUUUCAAUAAUUCGCUUGCGCGUAGGUGUCUUUAGCAGUGGGAGGAAACCGGAGGACCCGGAGAAAACCCACGAGGUUGGACAGGCGACCCUACUCCUUGUCACGUACAACCGGGGAAUCGAAACCCCGCCAGUUGACUCAAUGACAGACCGUAUGAUACAGCGCGCGCGUGCUAACCAUUCGGCCAUCCAAACCCCCAUGAAAAGUUAAGCCUAUCUAGGUCUAUCUUUCUGAAAUAAUCGAUGAAAAUUUAGGGCUAUAUUUUGGAAUAACCGAUGAAAAAUUAGACCCAACUUUCUGGAAUAACCCAGGAUAUCUAGAUUUAUCAUUUUGGAAAAAACCCAGCCCUAUAUUUCUGGAAUAACCAGUGAAACGUUAUCUAUUUGGAAUUCCUGUAAAAUUUUAUUUCCUACUCUUAGGAGUUACUCAUUGAAAAUCUAUCCUAUUUUUUUAGAUUUGGAAUAAACUUUAUGAAACAUCCACAUGAAAUCAUGUCGAUGUAUUUCAAAUUAAUCGUUAAGUAUGACAAUAGUCAAAUAAAGUUAGACCUAUUUUUAAGCGAUCUUUUAAACAACCUUUAUGAAAAAUCGAUCAGGAAACAUGAUCGAAAAUGCCAUUUAUUUGAAAUAUAUUAAUUACAAAAAUAGUCAUUAUGUUACAUGAGUAAGCCUACAACAUUCAUUGUUAGCCGUCUGAACUUAAAUACCGAGGUGUGGUAUCCGGUGUUCUAGAACGAGGUAAUACCAUGCCCCGUGUAUGUCACCUGUUACUAUUUAUAUCAUAUUAAAUGAACAUUAACUUUUACAUUAAAAAGUAUAUACAUGUUAUCAGUUGUCUUCAAUACCAGGAUAUUUACCCCCCCCCCCACCAUCCUCCCACUCUUGUUUUAAUAUUCAUUUAAGGAUGCAUUAUUUAAGAGCUAAAUCUUUGCUAAUAAACAAUCUAGCCCACAUUUUACCAAGAAUAUAAAUAUAAAUAUUCAUAACUUCGCACAAAUAAGAGUAAUUUAACUGAAAUUUUUAAUAUAUUCAUUUUUCAUUAUCUAUUUUUGAGCUAUUAUGGCAAAUCGGCCAGCCCUUUAUCUAAAUCUUACAUAAUGCAUCUUUAAUAAUCUUUAAGGGAUAUUUAGUAAUUGGAUAGAACAAUGUUUAUGGAAGACAGCUAUUUAUUUAGUUAUAUUUUUCGAAAGGUGUCCCAAAUUAGUCAUUGUUCUUCCAUAACUAUGUAUUAUACAUGUAGUAUGAUGAAUAUCUUGAUUAAAUGUAUGAACAACUGGAAUUUAAUUUAAAUUAUUUAACAAUUUGGUAACCCGCUCAGGUCAAACCAUUUUUUUUCAGGUUGAUGGAAUAAAUUGACCAAUAAGUGACUAAAGAAAUUUUAAACAUUCUUUUACAAAACAAGUAGCUUUAUGUAAAUCCGUUAAUUACAGAAAAAAUAAAUUAAUAUUUUAAUAAUUGUACUACGACGAAGCUUAAGAAUAUCACCGUAUAUAAAUUAUUUUGUAAAAAGAAUCAAAAAUAUCACGAUGCGUCAUUUGCAACUUUCGCUAAAUUAUUAAAAAGUUCCUCGCGGCUUAAUAUGCUCAGAUUGAUCAUUUACCAUUUACCAACGCUAGAUAAUCUCCCAGUGUGAAUUCAAUAGGAUUUAAUAAAAAUGUCCUGUUAUUUCCGUUCGCUUACAACAAAAUGGCGACAGGAUUAUUACAUAGUGAGCAACAUAGAUCGAUGAAAUUUCAAUGUAACAUAACUUUGUAAAUACUGAUGGGCGAUAUUCCUAUUAGAGUUUAAAAUGACGCAACGAGACUUUAAUCCUUUAAGUGAUAAUUAUAAUUUGAACGGAAUUGAACAAUAAAUUGUUUGACCGAUAUUCCUAUUAGAGAUUAAAACGACGCAUCAAGGCUUUAUUCGUUUCAGUGAUAAUUUUAAAUUAAAGGGCAUGCUGAUUUAUAACUUGGCAUCAAUAUGUAUCUACACAGUUGGUGCAAUAAGUAUAAAGAAAUUUGAAUGUGAUUUAGAAAAAAAAAGCUAACUCUUAAAUAACACCAACUCAAGCUCACAUGAACAACUAUUAACUAAUUAAGUUCUUUAUUGUCUAACAUGCUAUAUCCAUAACACUGGAGAAAAAUAUAAUUUUUUUGUUAGUCACUUAAAUAACACUAACUUCAGCUCAUAUGAUCGACAUUUGUAGAUAAGGCCACGCCAAUUUCAAUUAAGUUUUUCGGGACUUGGUUGAUUUAAAAAAAAACCAAUAGCAAUACUUGAUAAAUUUGUUAUAAGUCAAAUUAAAGAAAAUUUGAAAAAAAAGACCGAAAAAAGAUCUGUGUAUUAAUCCGAAUUGGAGCCAUAUGUUAAUCAAUGUUGGCGAACAACCAACCAAUAUCCUUGGUUCAUCUGUUAUAGUUGUUACAAGAAUUAGUUGGCUUCUCCGAGACACAUAUUAAAAAAAAUCUUCCUCCAAUUCCUUCAAAAACAACUGAUUUGCUCUUCUCAAAAGUUUGUAGUUCCAAAUAUUUCAUUUAUGAAAUUUUAACAAAACAUCGCAAACAAGAAUGUGGAGGUAUAAAAAGAUCUUAGUUGCUAUUCGCGAAAGCCUUUAGUUGCAAAUAUUUAAUUUUGAAUUUAUUUUACAAAACAUCGCACACAAGAAUUGAGUGUGUUAUUUGUUGAUCAAGAUUCCAAAGAACUAAUAAUCAAAUUGGUCUGGCCUAAUAAUUAAUUAAUUUAUUUAUUUUUUAAAAUGAUAUAUUUAAAACACUAGUCAAAUAUCAUUUAGAAACAUUGUAAAAAAUUCAUAAUAUGCAUUAUUCUGUCUUCCUAAAAUUUGUUGCAUUCAUCUUUAUCACAAAAUAAAUGUCUCAGUUAAAUUAAGGAAAUAAAAAAAAAAAAUGAUAAUAAUGUAAUAUAAAUUUUCAAGGGAAAAUUAGCAAUAUUCGGCUGUCAACGUUAAAAUAAGAUUUUUGUUUAUGUAUCAGUUCCCAUGGGUGGGUAUAUUAUUAUGGACCUUGAUAAAUCUUAAUUUCUAAAUAUAAAUUCAAUUUUGAGUUUUGAUAUAUCGUAUUUUGUCCGAUUUACUCUGAAUGAAAACGUAGGGAAUAUCUGUAACUCUGGUCUUAUUCACGAAAAUUUGAAAUUGUCACGUGAUAACUAAUCGUGUUUUUCACGCGGAGACCUUCUAAAUUUCGUGAAUAAAUCUCCCCAUCCCACCCGCAUUAUUUUACAUGUAAGCGACGAAACCGUUAUUAAUUUGUUACCAAAGAUUUGUAAAUGUGGAAAUAAUCAUAAAAUAUGUUUAUAACGUUAAUAAAAUAUAACA